AUGACUCGGUACGGGGGCCUGGGUAGGACGCGCCCGAAAAAGCUCACCUCUAAGGCGUCCAUUCCCGUUGUCCGGGAACACGAAAUCGAUGCCAUAGACGAUGACAUCCAAAGUUCUCUACAACAGAUUGAAACCGGUGUCGAAAAGGCCGAGGAAUCGGAAAUUCAUCUGCAAAGAGCCAUUAAUGCCACUGCCCAGGGCAAAGUAAACGAGGCCCAUAUCCCCACUCCCGAGACCAUCCUCAGUGUCCUCCAAUAUGACGAACUCUACCCUCCCAUCUUCUCGCAACCUGCGACGUACAUUCGCUUCUCCUCGACUGUCGAGGACUGUUGCGGAUGUCCGUACAACAUGACGGAAGAGGACGAUGUGUUCCUCAAGAUCCUAAACCAGAAGCGCGAUCCUGCUACGGACCCGUGCACGGAGGAUAUCUUCGAAGAAGUCAUGAAUUUCUUUGAAGAGACGGCGCAAUUGAAACAGCCGUAUGCCUCGGUAGAUAACCCGCCCGUGCUGUCGUUUGCGGAAAUGGAAGACACAAUGGAUGCGACAUUAGAAGAUCCCAUGAAGCCAUGGGCCAAGGAAAUCUAUGAGCACUGGAGGUCGCGCCGCGCGAGUGUGCAAAACAACCCACUCGUAGCACAGCUCAAGUUUGAAACCGGCCAAGACACCGACGACAGUGAUCCAUUUGUCUGUUUCCGUAGACGCGAGGUUCGCCAGAUACGCAAGACGCGUGGUAGAGAUGCGCAGAGUGCCGAGAAGCUCCGACGCCUUCGCAAAGAGCUGGAAGAUGCUCGCGAGCUCGUUGCUUUGGUGCGCCAGCGCGAAAUCGCUCGCAGGGAGAUGCUCUCCAUGGAGCGCCAACUAUUCAUGCAACGUGCUGAGGUCAAGGAGAUGAAGCGCAAGCUGAAUAUCAAGGACGAUGACGAAGAUCUCAUCAACCAAAAGCCCAAGAGAAGAGUGCUCGACAUACCUGCCCAACGACCCAAUGUUCCUCAAUUGCGUAUGCCCCUCAAGGCCGGCGCAGGCGCAGACGAUUUGCAAUCCUUGGAGGAAGUACAGGCCGAGAAGGAGAACGAGAUCUUGCGCGAUAUCAAGCAGAAUAUCACCAAGCACAUCAAGUGGAACGAGGGAUAUGUGGAUUACACGCGCGCGCCACUGUCUCCAUCUCCAGAUCGGACAUUCGAUGUGGCCGCUUUCCGACCCGCAUUCACGGCACAACUGCCCACCCCCCAUCAUCAGAUGCAUCUGCUUGCCUCCCUAGAGCUUCACGAUGAACCACACCGAAUGCCAUCAUUCCGCCGACGAGUCGGUCGUGGUGGCCGGUUAAUGAUCGAUCGUCGAAACAUGGGAGCCCGUAAAGUCGAAAUGGACCCACUGAAGGCCGAUAGAUUCAAGUUCGACCAAGAAGAUUCCGAUGAGGAGCCCGAAUAUGACACUGAUGCGUACAGCAUUCAGAUCAUGCAGCACCGGGCUAUCACCAUGGCCAAGGCUCGCGAACAGGCGGCUGUGGCUGCCCAAGCUCAUGCGCAGGCGCAGGCGCAGGCAGCCCAGCAAGCACAAGCACGACGACUGCAAGAUCAGAACCAAGGUCAAACGGGAUCCAAUCCCGUACCUGGUACUUCUGUAUCUGAGGCUUGA